AUGGUGAUGCUCAAGCAUCUCCCACCAGAACGCCCAGGCAGACCAGCUGGGUCUCACUUGCUGACUGGCAGGACGAAGACUAAGCUGGCCACUGAAAUGGCUUCAGGCGGAAACUUCAGUGAAAAUGAGACAAAAGAAAUUAAAAGGGAGCCGCUUCCAGCAGAAACUUCACCUGUUUCUGCUCCAGACAAGCUGGUUGAAUCCUCAGAGUCCCCUUCUGCUGAGCCUCUGGGACAGGAUAGAGGAACAGCUUGUGAUGGUGCUGCAGCAUCAAUAAAGGAAGAAAAGGAUUGCCCAGCUUCCACUGAUAACUGUGAGAGCAAACCCUGUAGUUCUUCUGAGGAGAGCGCUGUCAAAGCCAAUGUCUUCUCCUUCCUCAGUUUCCCAAAGAAACUGUGGCAUCUAGUUGAAAGCAACGAGUUUAAGACCAUUUGGUGGGGUCGCUGCGGAAACUGUAUUGUGAUUGAUGAGGAAAUAUUUAAAGUGGAAGUGCUGGGAAGGACCGGGCCUCAGAAAAUUUUUGAGACUGAGAGCAUGAAAAGUUUCAUUCGUCAGCUUAACCUGUACGGAUUCACCAAAAUGCAACAGGACUUCCAAAGAUCUGCCUCACUUCCUGAAUUCCUGGCAGAAGAAGAUGCAUUUUCUGCUCACAGGAAGUUACUCCUCUACCACAACCCCAACUUCAAGAGAGAUUCUCCCCACCUGCUCGUCAACUGCAAGCGCCGUGCUGCCCUGAAGAGGAAAGCCACGGCUGCCCCUGCAACGCAGGCGGAUCUGUAUGGAAACUGCCCCAGCAGCAGCCCAGGCAUCCAGCAUGGGUGGGGAGCAGAUGCCGGGCAGGAGAAGGACGUGAUGGCAGCAGCUCCAGCAGGAGACACGCAGACAGCAGCCCCCACAGGGUCCCCACUCCCAAAGCGCCAGGCAAAAGCCACCCCCCAGGCUAGCGGUGCCCAUCCAGCCUCAUGCACGGAUGCUCCCUCCCUGCCAGGCCCCGCUGCAGAGGCAGCAGGCAGGGACAAGCAACAGCCUCCAGCCUCCUCCCAGCUGCCACCACGCAGCAGCCAGAGCCCAUCUGCCUCUCCUACUCCCACACGGUACUACUUUCUGCCUCUCAUGGGAACCGCCUCGGCACCUACGCACCAAAACGCGCCAGCUCCACGGUUUCCCUGGGCCGCCAUACCUCCCUUCCGUCCAUUUGCAAUUCCUGGGCCGGCAGCAGCCUCUGCCACGGCCAUGCCGAAUCCAGCCGACUGGCAGCCCUCAGCAGCCCCACACUGCCCAACUUGCACCUGCAGCCCAAACAAGGCAGCUGCAGGCGAUGGGCUGGAACCCUAG